UUGUCGAAAAUGGCAACGAACGAUAACCAUGGGGAGAACUCGGAGUAUUUCGACGGUUGGAAAGCUUACGACAAAGAUCCUUUUCAUCCUAACCGUAAUCCCAACGGGAUUAUCCAGAUGGGUCUUGCAGAGAACCAGCUUUGCUUUGAUUUGAUCAAAGACUGGAUCAAAGAAAAUCCACAGGCUUCUAUCUGUGCCCCUGAGGGUAUUCAUCAGUUCAGUGACGUUGCGAUUUUCCAAGAUUACCACGGCCUCAAGGAAUUUAGACAGGCGAUUGCAAAGUUCAUGGGAAAAGCAAGAGGAGAAAGGGUGGUGUUCGAUCCGGACAGGGUGGUUAUGAGCGGCGGAGCCACCGGAGCCAACGAGACAAUCAUGUUCUGUCUCGCCAAUCCGGGCGAAGCUUUCCUUACCCCGUCCCCUUACUACGCCGCAUUUGACAGAGAUUUGAGGUGGCGCACGGGCGUGGAGAUAAUCCCGGUCCAUUGUCACAGCUCAAACAAUUUCACACUGACCAUAGAAGGGGUAGAAGAGGCCUACCAAAGAGCCAAAGAGUCCAACAUAAAAGUCAAAGGUCUGAUUUUGACCAACCCGUCUAACCCACUUGGUACGAUGUUGGAUCGGUCCACGCUCGAAAGCCUUGUCCGGUUCGUCACCGGAAAAAACAUCCAUCUUGUCUGCGACGAGAUCUACGCCGCCACCAUAUUUUCCAUCGAAAAGUUUGUCAGCGUCGCCGAGGUGGUCGAGGGAAUGGACAGCUCGGAAGUCAAUCUCGAUCUGAUCCACAUCGUCUACAGUCUCUCCAAAGACAUGGGUUUUCCCGGUUUCCGAGUCGGCAUUGUCUACUCGUUCAACGACUCAGUCGUGGCAUGUGCCAGAAAAAUGUCGAGCUUUGGUCUCGUCUCGUCCCAAACUCAGUUCCUCCUCGCGUCAAUGCUCGACGACGACAAAUUCGUGGAGAAUCUCCUCUCGGAGAAUUUGAAAAGGCUGGGGAAGAGGCAUAGGGUUUUUACCUUAGGGCUCAAGAAAGUGGAGAUUACUUGCUUGCCAAGCAACGCAGGUCUGUUCGUGUGGAUGGACCUAAGGCAUUUGCUCAGAGACAACUCAUUCGAAUCGGAGAUCGUGCUCUGGAGAAUAAUCAUCGACAAGGUGAAGCUGAAUGUAUCUCCGGGCUCUUCCUUCCACUGCACGGAACCAGGUUGGUUUAGGGUUUGUUUUGCCAACAUGGACGACGAGACGUUCCACGUGGCACUCCGUCGGAUCCAAGAUUUCGUGUCCCGAAACAAGGCCAAGGUGGUGGAAAAGUCAACGGAAGUCAACGAUCAGAGCAGCAGUGAUAACGUUAAGAAGCAGAAAUGGCGGGAGAUAAAUCUAAGGCUUAGCUUCUCUUCUCGAGUGUACGAAGAUCGAAUAAUGUCGUCGCCGAGGAUCAUGUCGCCGCAAUCUCCUCUUCUCCGAGCUUGAGAUCUAUAUAUGGCCUCAUCUGAUCUCGGAAUUUAGACGUCCCUGAUUAACCAUUAUAAUUAUUAAGU